UCAUGAUUAUGCCUCUGUGUGUGUCAGACGUGUAAUUACAUGAACAUAUGGACACAACAUAUCUCUCAUACAGCUGUAUGUUGUGUAAGUGGAGCAGUGCGUGUGCCUCGUCUGUUUUCUUUCGUUUCUUUCGGGUUUAUUUCUCCUCCAUCCCUUCAGACUAAAUGUUAUCUUAUCACACGUACAUACAAGUAGAGAUAAACGAAUCCGUGUUUUUAAUUAUCGCACUGUGGAGCCUGGACUAAACUAGUUUCAUUUUCUUACUUGUGGAUUGGAAAACAUCGUAAGGUGAAGUUCCAGUCUGCCAGAUGAAAAGGUACAUGAGUGAGGAUUAACAUUACAAGACGUGCACAGAGAGUACAACCCAUGUUUUGGAUUAGUCGCUCAUGGAUUCCUAUAAUUGACUAACCAAAACAUGUCUAAUCGCGAGCGUCGCAGCGUCAGUCUUGGUCGCCAUAGAGACCGGGGAUCGCGUGACCCCAUUUCACGUGAUCCCAGCAGGCCAGCGGAAGAAGAUUGGUCGACACGUCACAACAUCUCCAACUUUCUCUUGACCCUACAGAGAGUCCAGACGUCAGAAGAAGAAAAUCGACAGCUUAGAAAAGAAAACCAAAUUUUGCGGCAAAGAAAUCGGAACUCUCGCCUGUCGAGCUCCAGUUUCAGGGGACACAACUUGAGCGACACAUCUGUGGAGCAGACGAUAUUACCAGAUGAUGAGGAUCAAGUGAUAGCUGCGAAUGUCAAGAGGAACUCCCUGCUGUUUGUUGGCGACCCAAUGGCUACGUCUCCAGAACACGCAGCCUUGGAAGUGCAAUAUAAAAAACUACAGCAAGACUUUGAGGCAGUGAAAGAUUUCUUGAAACACUUGUUCCAACACGCCCUGACCAUGUCAUCUUCUGACACCAAAAGUUCAAUGAAAGAAGACACCGACAAAGCUGAUAUUAACACCUACAAUCCUGCACACUCAAAACAGUUGGAACACAGUCUGCAGGAUAUACAUGGACAAAUAAAUCAAAUACGAAAUAGUCAAGAUAGACAACAAAUAAAAAUGGAACAGGUGCAGCAGGCUCUGGAUAAUGUCCUCUGCCAGUCCUCUGUAAGGAACGAUGUGACUAUGAGGAUUGUCAGGCAGCAAGACAAACUAAAAGAGAUCACAAAGCAUGCAAGUUUCCUGGAGAAUCAGCUGAUGUCUGUCACAACAUCUCUCAGACAAGCUGAAGAGAAGAUUCGACAGGUGGCACUGUUAGGCCAAGCUCUGGAAACAUUAAUUGCAACAAAUAAUAAACAUUUAAAGGGAAAUACUAAAGAAGAACUAAGUAAACUUGCAGAGCAAAUAAAUCUGCUUGGCAAGAGAACUGUCACUUACAAUAUCAAAAUACAGCCAGUUGAACAGCUGGUCAGUCAUGUGAUUUCAGCAGCUAGCAGUGGUCAGAACCUAAUUGAUACAAAACCACCAGCAGAAGUCAUGGACACAAUGUCAAAAUUAGAACGACUUAUAGGUUCAGACUGGCACAGGUUAGGGAGAAUGUUAUCACUGACCACAGACUCUCUAGAUGACAUUGGAAAGUUCACAAACUUUGACCUGACCAGCAAAGUUGAGAAAGUCAUGAUGAGCUGGGUGAAGACUACCAAGGGGACCACAGCAGAGAAUUUACGUCAGGGCUUGGACAAAAUGGACAGAGAUGUAUUACUCAUAACAGAGCACCCAUUAAGUAAGGAAUGGGUUCAACUGCCACCAGAUGUCAGCACCUACUGUAUAGCACACUUGCUGGAUGUACCAAAUGUUGUAAAUCAACUUUCUGGCCAGGGUGUGUUGAGCCAGGAAUGUAGAGCAUUUAUUCUGAGUGCUUGUCAAGAACACAGGCAAGCUGCAAGAUUGUUGCAGUCUGUGGUGUAUAUGGGAGUUCAGGCAUUAGUAUCACUGUCAGCAACAUUGGACAGAUGCAAGCAGAAUAUGGUGGCCAAUAAAAUCAGAGCUUGCCUCCCUUCUGUAAAUGGAAACACCAAAAUACCUAACUUGAUGAAUGACCUCAAACCUACUGAGAAUUCAAAUUUCCAAACCUCAAGACCAACUCCUGGUAAAACCCCAGACAAAAUGUCAGUGCCAGAUACACCAAAAUCAAAGGAAAAACAGCCUAGGAAAAAAAGAUCUCGGUCCUUAUUCACUCGCAAAAAUAAGCUGCGUGACAGUGAACCGGAUGCUGAAGCUGCUAUAGACAUGUCAGCAGAGUACAACUACUACUACCCAGCCAUCAAUCUGAAUGUUGUCAACUCAACAACAUCAAGCAGUGAAAGUGGAAACAGCAAUGAACGCAACCACCACAAGGAAGAAAAGCAAAGACAGUAUGGCCGAUUGAAUCUUAAAGGCAACAGGACAUCUCGUGCAAGCACUGAAGUUGUGGUAUAGAAACCAUUACAAAAAUAUAAUUAAACUGUGAAGGAAAAAAAUUAUCUGAAAUCACUUCCAUUGCCUAGUGUGGGAAAUGCCAAUAUCUUAAAGAAGAUAUUUUUAAAAAUCUUUUCUCUGUUUAUAUACCAACUAAUGAAAUAGUUGUUCUAAAUCCCCACUUUGUGCAAGCUGUAAGAACAUAAUGGUCUCUUGAAUGGAAGAGUAGAAUUUUCAGGUGGCAUAUUCUUAGCUAAAACUUUAGAUAUCAAAUCAAUGGUGCCCUAUUUAUUGAUGAUAAUAGAAAUUAAUAAGACAAAUGUAUUGAGACAUUAUUGACUAAACUAAUAAGUCAUGAGAGGACUCUGGAAUGUCCUCAAAUCUUGAGAAGAUCUCUCAAGCCUCAAAUCUUUGGCUCAGAAGCAAAGUCUGCUACAAUUUACACCACUAUGUUCUUUAGAUGGAGUUAACUACUUAAAAUAAAGCAAUCAAAUAAAAGUGAUAAAAAUCUGUUUUCAUUAUUAAAAUUAUAUAAUUCUUUACAUGAUGGCAGUAUUGUUAGACUUUUCUAUUUCUAUUCUUUCUUGUAAGCUUUUUAAAUUUCCCAUGUACAUCUUUCUCUAUAUCUUAAAAUGUAUGAAAUACUCUUUGCAUUGAGACUGACAUUUUAAAUUUAAGGAAAAUAAAACAAAUAUUAUGACUGCUAUUAUUGCUACAUCAAUUCAUCUGUCAACUGUAAAGCUUGAAUCAUUUUUAAUAUCAUUAAUUAUAUUCGGAAUUAUUUUUAAUAAUUUUUUUUUGUCACAAUGACUACUAUCAUGGGAACAGUGUUGAUAGUAUAUUCACAUCUUUACAAAUGGUUUUAGGAAUGAAACAGUCUUGUUUAAUAAUAUGAUAUUUCUUAAAAGGCAAAUCUAAUUAUCUGGAUAUCCUUGAAAUAAAUCAUUGUUGACUAAUUAGGACAUUUGUCUCAAUAAUAAUUAUGCUUGAAAUUUUGUUUCAAUUCAAAUUUUGUGUCGCAGAUGUAAAUGAUCUUUAGAAACACAUUAUACAAAUGAUAUUUGAAGAGUCUAACUAGAUGGGAAUUUUUACAUGCUAUUAGAGGGAGUUUGAAUUCAUACAUUAAGAUGUUUCUAAAAUCAUUUCUUUGAAUCUCAAAAAAAUCUAAAAUGAUUUCAUCACAUUUUUGUUACAUGUAAAAAUCUAAUGAUUAAAAUGAAAAUAUAUUACAUUACUUUAGAACAAAGUAUUAUUUUAUUGAUGAAAUUUUUUUUAGAGGGAUUUAUAAUUUUAUUUCAAGUUUUCAUCUGGCAACUAUUUUUGUUUUCAUUGCUACUAUUUUCAACAUAAAAUCUGUGAAUUUUGUAUUAUAAUUUAACAAAAAUAAAUAUUUUGUAUCAUCUCUAAUGUGUUCAAUAAAAAAAUGAGUCUAUUGUGGCAUUAAACAAAACGAAAAUUACUCACUUUAUUAAAUGUGUAAUGCUUUUUGAUAGAAAUGACUUUCCGAAUUUCAUAUUAAACAUUUUGAAUGUUGUUGUUGUUUUUUGUGUUAUUUUUGUAAGUAUUGUUUCUUUUCAUUAUUUGUAUUGUUUUUUUUAUUAUUAUUUUAUCAUUAUUAAACAACAGGUAUAAACAGAGUAAAAAAUGAAUGAAAGGGCAAAAAAAAAGAAAGAAUUUAAAAACAUUACUUAAUGUAAAUGUCAUUUGAAAUCUGCAUGAAAAUGUUAAAAAAAAGAUCCUUCAUUAUUAAACCCUGAUUCCUUCCUAGUGAUUUCCUUGAAAAAAGAUGGUUGCCUGGUCAUGCAAUAUAUAAAAUGUUCCCAUUUCAGACCUUGUGAUCUAUAGGGCAGAUGAUGUUAAGGUCAUCUGUUUUAUUAACGAGCAAGGUGUCAUGUGGCCAGCACAAUGACCAACUGCUUUUACUUUCAGGUACCUAUUAACUUUGGGUGGACUCUAAAAAUCACAAAAUUUAAAAUCCCAGUAUUCACUGGGAUUUGAACCCAGGACCCCAGGUUCGGAUGCUAAGCACUUAACCAAUCAGCCAGCCACCGCACCCCGCAUGCAGUAUACGCAUUGGACUUGAAUCAGGAUGGUUUAAACCCUGCUCACUUCCAUCUUUUGUCACCUUGAAUGAGGUUUGGACUAGGAUUCUAUAUCUUCAUUUCUAAAGAACUUCCUGAAACUUUAAAGAUUAAAAUGCAAAGGUUGCAUAAUACAAUAAAGUCUUUUAACUACUGGAUACAGUGGGUAGCUAGGGUGGGGAGAGAAAGGGGGAGAAUUUGAAAAUCCCCCAGGCCCCCAAUUGAGGGGGGCCCUAAAUGAGUGAUUGUUACAUUAAAUAUUAAGUAUUACUUAAAAUGCAGUGCCCCCCAAAGAGGUCAAGUCCUCCAGGCCACCAAAUGAUGGCUAAUUCCUAGCUACGCCCCUGACUGAAUAUAUUAGCUAAAGUAUUGACUUAAAGAUAACUCAUUUAUCCUUAACACUGCAUUUUUAUUUUAGCAUAUAGAACAACUUCACAUAUAAUUUAUAUUUUAGUUGAUAUAUAUAACAUUAAUUAUAUACCAUUUUAAAUCAAUGUUCUUCUGUAACACUUUGUAAAUAACAUAUUUGUCAAUGUAGACAAUGAUAGCCAUGUAAAAUAUGUGUACAUAUAUAUAGAUAUCUAUUUUGUGAAUAAAGAUGGUUUUCUUAUUACAA